AUGGCAAUGGAGUACACCACAAGGCGCUGGCUGGGCGCGCUCGCCGCCAUCGUCCUGCUCUCGUGCGCCCCGGCCCCGGCGGAGGCGGCCGGACGGAAGCUGCUGCAGAUCCAGAUCAGCCUGGCGCAGCAGUUCGUGGUGCCGCAGAACCACAUGCGCGCGAUCCAGGAGCAGCGCCCGCUCAAGUGGAGCAGCGGGCUGGCGGACCAGGCGGAGCGCUGGGCGGCGCGGUUCAAGGGCAACUGCGCGGCCGCGUCGGCGGCGAUGCCCGGCGGCGUCAACGUGUUCCGCGGCUUCGGCGAGGCCGGGAAGGCGUGGCAGCCCAGCGACGCGGUGGCCGCGUGGGCGGAGCAGUCCAACUACUUCGACUUGGCGUCCGGCGCCUGCGCCGCCGGGAAGCUGUGCGCGCAGUUCAAGCAGGUGAUGUCCAAGGGCAACACGGACGUCGGGUGCGCCUCCGUGAAGUGCGCCGACGGCACCACGCUCAUGACCUGCCACUACUCGCCGCUGGGCAACGUCUUUGGCGAGAGGCCCUUCUGA